AUGCAAUUCCAAACUUUAUUAGUCGUCGCUGGUUCUUUAGUUGCCUCAACUUUAGCCGUCAACUCCACUGUCACUGAACAUCACACUACUGAAAUCACCAUCACUCAUUGUUCCGACAACAAAUGUGCUACUAGUGUUGCUCCAGCUGUUCAAUCAGUCAACACUGUUACUAUUGAAGGUGUUGUCACUGAAUACACCACUUAUUGUCCAUUGACUGCUUCUGAACACAAACAUAAAGAAUCUUCUUCUCCUUCAUCAGUUGCUCCAGUUGCUUCUACUGAAUCUGUUGUUACAACUACCAUCAGUGGUGUUCACACUUCUUAUACUACUUAUUGUCCACUUUCUGGUUCUUCUGAAGCAUCAACUGUUAUUACUCCAGGUACUGUUGCUGGUGAAUCUUCUUCUAGCAGUGAAGAAGUCAGUUAUGUUGAUGUCACUAGUACUCCAGUUGUUGAAUCCACUACUGAUGUUGAAUUGACUCUUACUGCUCAAUCUACUUUAUUCACUUCUUAUGCUAAUUCUACUGGUUCUUCUUCUUCAUCUUCUGUUGUUCCUUCUGCUAAUGUUACUACUUUUGAAGGUGGUGCCGUUGGUGGUGCUUCUAACCAAAUCACUGUUGGUUUUGCUGCUAUUGCUGGUUUAGCCGCUAUCUUAUUAUAA